AUGGGUUGUAGACCGUUAUAUGGGGUUUUGGUUUUGAUCUUUGUAUCAUUCACAAUCUUCUCUGUUUUUUGUGAUGAUUCCACAAGCGGAAAAGGAUUUGAUGAUAUCAAGCCAUCUACUGGAACAGAAGCAGACUUAACAAAUGAAUCACUGAAUAAGCUUACGAAAAAUUCUGUCGAACAUUCAUUCUCGGCAGAGGUUCCGAAAAUGAUGAAGCUCAUUAUAAAUUCUGUCUAUUCUAACAAGGAGAUAUUCCUUCGAGAAUUAGUUUCAAAUGCCGCUGAUGCAGUUGAGAAUAUUCGAUUCCAGUCUCUCACUGAUUCAGAUGCCUUGAGCUCCUUACCAGAUCUAUCUAUUAUGAUUAAGUCCAAUUCCAAUGAAAAGACGAUAUCCAUUCGUGAUACUGGUGUUGGUAUGACCAAAGAAGAGUUGAUAAAAAAUCUCGGAACAAUUGCCAAAUCCGGUACCUCUGAAUUAUUAGCGAAGAUGUCUGAGGGGAAUGCUUCUGCCCCUUCUGAUCUAAUUGGCCAGUUUGGUGUCGGUUUCUACUCAGCUUUCCUUGUUGCCGAUCGUGUAACUGUUAUCUCGAAGCAUAAUAAGGAUGAGCAGCAUAUUUGGGAGUCUGAUUCGACUUCCUUUAAAAUUGCCAAAGACCCAAGAGGCAACACUUUAGGCCGUGGUACCGAGGUUAUUCUUCAUAUCAAGGAGGAAUCAAAAGAGUACCUGCAGAAUGAUGUUCUUCAAAAAAUUCUAAAAAAAUACAGCCAAUUUGUUACUUGCCCUAUAAAAUUGUGGGAGAGUAAAACAGAAACUGUCGAGGAGGAGGUUGAAGAGGAGAAAGUAGAAUCUUCUGAUGAUGUAUCGGUCGAAGAGGAUAAACCCAAAGAGAAGAAGAAAGUUGAGAAGACAGUUUGGGAUUGGACUUUACUCAAUGGUCAGAAACCUCUUUGGGCUAAGAAGGCUUCAGAAGUAACUGAGGAGGAGUACAAAGAACUUUUCCAACUUCUUUCUCAUUCAAGCGAGAAACCACUUGCUCAUAUCCACUUCUCCGCCGAGGGAGAGGUGAACUUCAAUGCAGUUCUCUUCGUUAGUCCCACACCCAGACCUGAUCUAUUCCAGUCAGAUAAGCCGAUUACUGACAAUGUCAAGUUAUAUGUUCGCCGAGUAUUUAUCACUGAGAACGUGGAUAAUCUUUUACCUCGCUACCUAGGCUUUGUAUAUGGUAUUGUUGACAGCGACAACCUUCCACUCAACGUUUCUCGUGAAAUGCUCCAACAGCAUAAACUUCUGAAACUGAUUAAGAGAAAACUCGUUCGCAAGGUCUUCGAAAUGUUGUCCAAAAUGUCGAAAGAGGACUAUGACAAGUUCUGGGCGAAGUAUGCUGUCUCAUUGAAGUUGGGUAUGAUUCAGGACAUGCCAAAUAAGAGCAAAUUAACUGAUCUUUUACGUUUCUACACCUCCAAGUCAGAGGACAAGUUGACAUCUUUCGAAGAGUACAUUUCACGAAUGAAGGAGGGCCAAAAAGAGAUCUACUACAUCACAGCAAGCAGCAUGAAAGAAGUCAAGAGCUCUCCCUUUGUUGAGCGUGUGCUACGCUUAGGAUAUGAAGUUAUCUACUUUACUGAACCAAUGGAUGAGUAUGUUAUGCAAACCUUAGUCGAGUUAAAGAGCAAGCCGACUCGUAAUCUGGCCAAGGGUGGAUUGGAUCUAGAGGUAGACAAAGAAAACAAAGAGAAGUUUGAGAAACUCGAAAAGACCUUCAAGCCACUUACCGACUGGUUGAAAGACAAGGGCCUCUCUGGUAAAAUCAAGGAUGCGAGAGUUUCUCAACGUCUCGAAACCAGUCCUUGUGCUUUGGUUGCUGAUGACUACAUGGUGUCUGGCAACUUCCAGAAGGUUGUCCUCUCUCAAGCAUAUGCUAACAUGGACACAGCGGCCACUCAAUAUUACUUAAAUCAGAAGCAAACCCUAGAGAUCAACCCACGACAUCCUUUGAUUAAGAAGUUGAACGAACUUAUUCAGAUUGAUCCUAAUGAUGAGGUGGCUAAAGAAAAUAUACUUCUCCUCUAUGAUACGGCCGUGCUGCGUUCUGGUUAUAUCAUGCAAGAUUUGGAUGGUUUCGCGGAGAGACUUGAACGUGAGCUACGAAAGAAUUUGGACGUAGAUCCAACUGAAAAAGUUGAGGAAGAUGAUACUAUUCCUGAACCACUUGAAGAGGAGGAAUCCACUGAGACUGAAACACCCGAUGUAAAGGAGGAGCUCUGA